AUGGGUACUUUCAUCCGAGGCCUGGAAACAACUGCAACUUACGAUCCUACAACCGAAGAAUUUGUUCUCCAUACUCCUACAUUAUCAGCAUUGAAAUGGUGGCCUGGAAACUUGGGAAAAACUGUAACACAUGCUGUUGUCUUGGCACAGUUAUACACCAGAGGAAAAUGUUAUGGACUACAUCCAUUUAUUGUUCAAUUACGGAGUCUGGAAAAUCAUGAACCGCUACCAGGUAUAACACUUGGUGAUAUUGGACCAAAGCUUGGUUAUCAGAGCAAUGAUAAUGGUUUCCUGGGAUUUGAUCAUGUCAGAAUUCCAAGAAGGGGUAUGCUGAUGAAACACUCUCAGGUUUCACCUGAUGGAUCGUAUACUAAGCCAUUACAACAAAAACUUGCAUAUGGUACUAUGGUAUUUGUCAGGGUUAAUUUAGUGAUGCUUUCUAGUUAUUAUCUUUCACAAGCUGUCACCAUUGCUGUAAGAUACAGCGCCGUAAGAAGACAAACUGAACAGAUACCUGGUGGAAAAGAACCCCAGAUUUUAGACUAUCGUUCUCAACAGUUGAAGCUGUUUCCAUAUUUGGCUGCAGCAUAUGCAUUUACCUUCACUGGAUGGAGUACUAGGUAUCGGUAUAUGGAAGUCCAAAUGGAAAUGAAUGAUGGCAAUAUGGAAGCGCUUCCUGAGUUACAUGCUCUUUCAGCUGGUUUGAAAGCUUUCACAUCAUAUGUUGCGAAUGAAGGAAUUGAAGUUUGUCGCUUGUCAUGUGGUGGACAUGGGUAUUCACAAGCAAGUGGAUUCCCUGAGCUGUACGGCUUAGCAACACCACUAGUUACAUACGAAGGAGAGAAUACAGUUAUGUUGCUGCAAACUGCUCGAUACUUAAUGAAAUGUGCUGCUACUGCAAAACGUGGUGGCGGGCUUCCAGGAUUUGUUUUGUAUCUGAACCAACGUCAGAAAGGUCAAUGCCCUGCUAGAAGUGAAAGUGACUUAUUGGAUCAUGGCUUACUGUCUGAUGCCUUUGAACACAGAGCUCGCAGAACAGUAAUGGAUGCUGCACAGCAGAUAGAUUCUGAGGUUGCUAAGGGCAACCCACAACAUGUAGCAUGGAACAAUUGCCAUAUUUAUCUAUUGAAAGCUGCAAGUGCACACUGUCAUUUUUAUGUGGUGCAGACGUUUGUGAAAUAUAUAAACGAUACUGAGAUGUCGGAUGCUGUACGCGAUGUUUUGACGUCACUGUGUCAGUUUUAUGCCUUGCAUGGUAUUUGGCAAAAUGCUGGUGAUUUCUUGCAGGAUGGUUAUAUGAAUGGCAAGCAGCUGGACAUGGUGCAAUCUCUUGUGGGGAAACUCUUAGACAAAAUCCGUAUCAAUGCUGUAGCUUUAGUUGAUGCCUUCGAUUUCCGUGAUGAGCUAUUGUGCUCUAAGCUUGGUAAAUAUGAUGGUAAUGUCUAUGAAGCUAUGUACGUGCAUGACUCCUAUUAUAAAUAUCUUCGUCCAAUGAUGCAAUCUAGCAAGGCUAAGUUGUAA